GCACGGUAAUGGAAGCGCGUUGCGACGAUGAUGCAUGGCGUGACUGCAUUAAUUACAUAUCCGCGCAUCUCAGCUUCUCGGUUGAGGCUUGCAUGCUUGCUUGUUGCCUUUCGUUUAUGUUGAAAGUUGUUUCCUCCUCACUUGUACUUGCUUUGAGUAUUGUAUCGGAUCGUGGACCCUGCCUGCAGCCAACCUCAUCGAGCGUAAAGCCUUAUCCAAGCACCCCGGGAGGAACUCAAUAUGAAAGCGACUGAAAAUAUUCAACGUACCUUGACGCGUCUCUGCUUGCACUGAUCACAGCCAUUGCGCGACUUCUUGUGCCAUCGUCGCUCCACCAUUGGGAAUUGCCCAGGCGGCGGAGAGACCAAUAAGAAAGAAAAAAGACGGAGAAGGAUUGAGGGUUCGCCAGUAGCGAUGUGAGUGGUCGUCAAUCAUACAUCCGACAUCACUGAUGCGGAGGAUCGCUUCUUUGCUUGGUCUCGUCGCCUGGAUGAAAUCGUUCGAGGCUUGGCUGUUCCUUGCGUAUGAUGACGAAAGCGCGGUCUUAGAUGGGAGUGAUGCCUUGUAUUUAACGAAAGUGAUGUGUCAUGUUCAAAAUAAGGUAGGAGAAAUCGUGCAAUUCGAUAUGCGUGUUGACUGAGAGCAGAGCAGCGUCUGUCUCUGCGAUAAAGGUGGCGCGCAUACGUGGACGUCGAAACGAAAGGAAGAGGAAUUAUGCAGCAGACACGAGGUGGAGAAUCUAGCUGUCGAUCACUUCUCCAACUGCGAAGCCGUCUGGAGUGUGACAGUGACAGAUGCUGCAGAACCAAGAAAUGAUGAGAGGAGGAGGUGAGGGUAUGCCUGAAUGUACCUACAGUAGGUAGUAUUGAAUCGUGCACACAAG